CGAGCUGGGCCACCCGGUUCACCAAGCAAAUUCACAAUGGCGGCCAAUCCGCUCUCUCCAAACUCUCGGGAGAGCUCAAACGAGCCACUGCUAUGGAUUCUGCACAUCCCAGCUGUUCAACCCAAGGAGCAUUCCAAGACGUGUCUCGCCAUCCCAUUGAGCAACUGGGAAAAGAGGACGGUGACAGACAUUCUGCGGAUAGCACAGGAGAUGGCCCCUCUCAAGACCCGUCAACUCAAGGACCAGAUUGAGCUGCGCUUUCAAAGCAGUGGUGCAGACAGUGACACGCUUGCGUGCAUGGGGAACACACCUCUGACAGUUGUGCAAAAGUGGAUCCUGGAGGAGGGCCCCUGGCCAGCUGACAGAAAGGCGUGGCCGCAACUGUGGGGGGUGCUCUCACCUGCUGCAGAUAAUCAAGCUACCGGCCCUCCUGCGACCUCCACUCAACGUCCUGAAGAAGGCCAUCGGGAGCCGAACGACCGGGAACAGAACGCAGAAGAAAUUGCAGACAAGGAGGCGAAUGGGAUCGGCGGCGUGUCACAUCUUCAAAAAGGAGGAACACCCAAAGACGAUGCCGGAGCUGGGGAGAAGCAGGCAACGGGUGGUCCUCGGGCAAUUCCUGCGCAAAGCCGCAGAUUUGAUCCCCCUACCCCUCCAAGCCAAACGGAAGAAGACCCUAACAAUCUCCAGACCCUGCCUCCAUUAACGGACGAAGCUGAGCUUGAGACCCGCCAAAACCCUCGGAACGAGAACGGAAUGCAGAACGGAACGGCAGUUCAGGAGCGGGGACAAACCGGUCAGCUGACUUCGGGGUGCGAGAAUGGUUCCGCGCCAGGGAACGGCAGUCUCGAAGGAGAACGGAAACGGAAGCUUGGCGGAUCCGACGAAGCGGGGUCUUCGAAGCGGGAUGCGGAAACGACAGUGGUCGAGGGGGCAGAAGCGGGAAAUGGCGAGAUGGGGGGGGAGACUCGAACCGAGAAGAGGCGGAAGAGAGCAAACGGCGAAGUCGAGCGGAGGCGAUCCAAGAGCGGAGAGAAAGCGGGCGGCCGGAAGCAGCGAAACAGCGCCGAAGGGAUCGUGGGAGUGAAGGCGCGCACGCUGAGGCGGCAACGGCCGGCUUUAGGGAGCUACCUAGCUGCUUCGAAGGGCAUCGGACAGCUGGGGAAGCAAUGGCCGGAUGCGAAGACGAAGCUUGGGAAGAAGGCCAAAACGCAAGCAACGGUUCCCGUCGAGAGUCUUGUGGGGCGGUGGGGCCGCAGGAAAUGGCGGAUGAAGGAAGGGAGGAUGAAGGGGUUCAACGGGAAGGUAGUGAAGGGGCCGAGAGACCCGAAGACUGUCAAGGCGACCGAUAAAUGUUACACGUUUGUUUACGAGGCGAAGGAUGGGGCCAGGAAGGACGGGAAGUGCGAGCGGGAGAAGCUGACGAUGGCGCAGGUUGUUGCCGCAGUGGAGAUGUACAAAAAGGCGGUGGCGUCAGGAGAGUGCGAAGCGGAGGAGAACGAGGGUGAGGAGGAUGUGGUCCUGUUCCCCACCGUCGUGAAAACAAAGUAACCAGAAAUCUCCAUACACAAUAAGUAUGAACCGAUCAUCGAAGUGGUGAAAUACAGCUGCAAAUAGAUACUAGAUGGCCAGAUCGAAGAUCUGUGUGACACGGGUGAUAGGAAGAAAAGAUCGAAGCAGAACGCUACUACUUGAGCGUCAUCGAGAAGCGUGCGGCAUCUGAUGACAUGCGUGAGUCCCGGAAUCGCCAGAACAAGCUGACCUAGAGAUCAUGCGCUAGUUCAAUGUGAGA